AGCGGCGCGCGCGCACGCGAUCAUUCAUUUGAAGCGAGAGUCGAGUCCGCAAGUCCACGAUAAUAAUGGCUCCUAUAUCAGUCAAACGCGUUUUAAUCAGUGAAAGCGUCGAUCCCUGCUGUAAAAGUGUUCUCCAGGAAAAUGGCAUUGAGGUGACGGAGAAGCAGCAGAUGACUAAAGAAGAGUUGAUUGCAGAGAUUCGGAAUUAUGAUGGUUUAAUAGUCCGAUCAGCGACCAAAGUUACCGCUGAUGUCAUCAAUGCUGGCAGUAGCUUGAAGAUCAUCGGCCGAGCCGGAACAGGAGUCGACAACGUGGAUGUGGAUGCGGCAACCAAGAGAGGCAUCAUUGUCAUGAACACUCCAAGCGGAAACACACUCAGUGCUGCUGAACUCACCUGUGCUCUUGUGAUGAGCUUGUCAAGACAUAUUCCUCAAGCUGUCAUUUCAAUGAAAGAUGGAAAAUGGGAUCGUAAAAAGUUCAUGGGUUCAGAGCUGUAUGGAAAAGUUCUUGGCAUUGUGGGACUUGGAAGGAUCGGCAAAGAGGUGGCUACAAGAAUGCAGUCUUUUGGUAUGAAGACCAUAGGUUAUGACCCGAUCACUCCUCCAGAGGUGUCUGCGAGCUGGGGUGUGGAGCAGAUGACUCUGGAUCAGUUGUGGCCGCAGUGUGAUUAUAUCACAGUCCACACUCCCCUCAUGGCCUCCACCACAGGUCUGCUCAAUGAUGCCUCAUUUGCGAAGUGUAAGAAGGGUGUGAAGGUGGUGAACUGUGCCCGUGGAGGGAUCAUCGAUGAAGCCGCUCUGCUUCGGGCUCUGGAGUCGGGUCAGUGUGGAGGAGCAGGACUGGACGUGUUUGUGGAGGAGCCUCCUAGAGAGCGGGCGCUGGUCAACCACCCCAAUGUCAUCAGCUGUCCUCAUCUGGGUGCCAGCACAAAAGAAGCACAGGCUCGCUGCGGGAAAGACAUCGCCCUGCAGAUUGUGGACAUGGCCACAGGAAAAGCUUUAGUGGGAGCUGUGAAUGCUCAGGUGUUGGCCAGUACUUUCUCUCCUGACUCUCAGCAGUGGAUUCGUCUGGGAGAGUCUAUGGGCAAAGUGUUGAAGGCCUGCAGCGCUUCCACACAGCCCUGCAGUCAGCUCCAUGUUACAUCACUGGGUGAAGCUUUAAAGAAGUCCACUGGGUUUUUGAGCUCAGCAGCUGUUGUUGGUUUGCUCACUGAAGCUCCUCAUAAUGGACCCAACUUGGUGAAUGCGCUGCCUCUGGCUAAAGAGACUGGAAUCACCGUGCACACAGAUCAUAAGGCCUCGGAUGAGCGGGAGGCAUGUGUGAUGGAGGUCUCUGUGAACGGCAGCCGUUAUAAGGCUGUUGGUUCAGUGCAGGCUGGUGUUCCUGUGCUGUUGGAGCUCAAUGGAAGUGUGUUUCGACAGCCUGUUCCUCUGACUGGACACCUGCUGUUCUUCAGGGCCAAUUGUUCCACGGAGUUCCUGUCCUCCAUAACCGGGGUUUUGGCCACUGCAGGUGUGGAGCUGCAGUCCUUCAGUGCCUCUAGCAGCAGCAGUGGUGGUGAGAAGUGGUACUGCAUGGGCAUCUCCUCUCUGCUGGGGGACAUUGGGGCCUUGAAGUCUUUAGUGAAAGACGCUGCACAGCUCACCGUCUAAAUACAACAGUGAUCCAGCAGACCUGAUCCGCUUAACAUUCCAGCAUCUAAAGCUCUAGCCGGACUGAGAUCCAUAGCGUACUGUUACUUACCUCGUUCAUAUCACUACAAACCUUAAAAUAACAGCGUACUGUAGAAAGAGGAGUUUUACCGUUUCUGUUGUCAUCUGUUUACUAAAUCCACUAUUUGUAUUGCAGAAACAAAAAUGUGUUUGAUAAAAACAAUAACCAUCAGUGCUGGUGUCUCAUUUUGAAGUAAAGUGUUGUUUUUUUCUGUCACUUAAAAAUGUAAAAAUCAAUAGCUGAUGCCAGUUUAUAUUGCUAAUAUAGACAUUUCUUGAAUAUGAAGUGGACUUUCAUCAUGAGAAAGGGCUCUUCGGGACUGCCCCAACCUUCUGUUUUUCCUUUUUGGAUUAGCAAUCAUUAACCAUGUUAACCAUGGAUCAUAAAAUCCACCAGUGAAACCAUUCAUCUGUGGGCGUUACAGGUAAUGAACUUAUCCAUUUUCACAGGAGUUUACAGGGGUUUUCUGGAGGGGUGAAGUAUUCAAAGCUUAUUAAAUGGUCAUAGGGGUUCCUCAGGGUUCAGUUCUUGGACCUCUUCUGUUUUCUAUUUACACAAGAUACCUGGGACCUAUCAUUCAGGCUAAUGGUUUCUACUAUUAAGCUGCUUUGACACAAUCUACAUUGUAAAACCGCUAUACUAAUAAAGAUAAAUUUAAUUAAA